AUGUCGGACGACGGCCAGGACACCAUGUAUGGCUACGAGGCGGUGGACGAGCUCCAGGCUCACGGCAUCAACGUCUCCGAUAUCACCAAGCUCAAGGCGGCAGGAAUCGUCACAGUCCUUGGAGGCCUUUCCGAGGUACUUUUCCGCGUUGCCAAGAUCGAAAAGCUCAAGGAAGUGUCCGUCAAGCUCCUCCCGCCGACUUUCGCCACGGCUGCGGAGCUCUCCGAGCGCCGUCAGAAUGUUCAGAUGAUCACCACUGGCUCCAAGGCCGUUGAUGGCAUGCUUGGUGGUGGUAUCUCCACCCAGAGCAUCACCGAGGUCUAUGGAGAGUUCCGUACUGGCAAGACCCAGUUAUGCCACACACUCUGCGUGACCACCCAACUCCCUGAGGACCAGGGUGGCGCUGGUGGCAAGGUUGCCUACAUUGACACCGAAGGAACCUUCCGCCCCGACCGUGUCCGCGCGGUUGCGGAUCGUUUUGGCGUUGACAGCGGCAUGGCUCUCGAGAAUGUGCUCUGCGCUCGCGCGUGGAGCUCCGAGCAGCAGUGCGAGCUUCUCGUUGAGCUUGCCAUUCGCUUUGUCGAGGACCGCACGUACAAGCUCAUCAUCGUUGACAGUAUCAUGAACCUGUUCCGCCAGGACUACUCCGGUCGCGGCGAGCUUUCCGAGCGCCAGCAGAAGCUCAACCAGUUCCUUGCCCGUCUUCAGAAGCUGUCCGAGGAGUUCAACGUCGCAGUGAUUCUCACCAACCAAGUCCAGGCCGACCCUGGUGCUGCCGCCAUGUUUGCUGCUGCCUCGAGUGCCAAGCCCGUCGGUGGCCAUAUCCUUGCUCAUGCAUCCGCCACCCGUAUCCAGCUCCGCAAGGGCCGCGGCGAUGAGCGCAUCGCCAAGCUCCAGGACUCGCCUGACAUGCCUGAGGGCGAGGCGACGUACUGCCUCAAGUCUGGUGGCUGGGAGGCGCAAGGCCUCGGCCCGUCCGCGUUUGGGCUGAACCCGCCCCCUCCGUGCCCCGUCGAGCUCGACAUCGACAUCAGCCUCGCACCCGAGGUCGUCCCGCACUGCGUCGACGAGGAUGACAUGCAGGGCCUGGGCGUGAACUACUCUAGCGUUUCGAAGGCGGUAUACGCGGCCAUCAACUCGCGCGCGUUCGCCCGCCCGUCCGAGCUGCUGGACGCCGUCGCGGCCGUCCCGCUCGAGCUCAAGGCCGUGUCCUCCGUCCGCGUCACCGCGCGCCUCCCCCGCGCCCUCCUGUCGGCCCAGAGCGCAGAGUACGCGCGCACCUUCACCCCCUCGUCUGCGGGGCCGAUCAGCUGCACCCUCCGCGACCUGCGCGUGUCGUGCAUCAUCGGCCUGCACCCGCACGAGCGCGCCGAGCGGCAGCGCCUGGAAGCCGACAUCACCGUCACUGGGCCUGGCGUCGGCGCCGAGCAGUGGAGCCACAAGGCCGUCGCGGAUGCGUCGUUCGACUGGCUCGAAAAGUCGUCGUUUGGAACCCUCGAGUCGUUGGCCGACACGUUCGCCCGUGAGCUGCUCGCACUCCCCGCCGUGCCGCCGCAGAGCUCUAUCGACGUGGACAUCCGCAAGCCCAGCGCGCUGCCGUUCGCCACGCCGUCAAUCAGCGUCUCGCGGAGGGUAGAGGACUUUGCCAAGCGCGGCGGCGUGCGCGGCGUGCCCACGCCAGCCGCAGCGGUGCCGGCGCCAGCCCCAGCCGCGAGGAGACCAUACUACACGUCGGCAAGGCGCUCCGGCCCGCGGGUGUUCAUCGCCGUCGGCUCGAACAUCGGCGACAGGGUCGGGCACGUGCGCCGCGCCAUCAAGCUGCUCGAGGCGGCGGGCGUGACCCUCGUCGACACGAGCAGGCUGUACGAGUCGGAGCCGAUGUACGUCGAGGACCAGGCGCUGUUCCUCAACGGCGUGAUUGAGGUGUCGACGACCCUGAAGCCGCUCGACCUCCUCCGCGUCCUCAAGCGCACCGAGACGGAGAUCGGGCGCACCAAGACGUUCCGCAACGGCCCCAGAGUCAUCGACCUCGACCUUGUGCUCUAUGGCGACGAGGUCGUGCGUGUUGGCCAACCUGGGGACGCGGCGGACGAGGACGGCGUCGGAUGGUUGGAAUGCCCGCAUGCGAGCUUGGCUGAGCGCGAGUUUGUCCUCCGGCCUCUGGCAGACAUCGCGCCAGAGCUCAUCCACCCCGCGUUCGGCACCAGCGUUGCCGAGCUCCUGUCCCGCGUCGCACCGGGCGGCCUCGCGCCCGUUAUCCCGUUCCCCUCACCAGCAAAGGUGCUCCGUCUGACGUCGCCAGCGACACCGGCCAUCAUGGCCAUCUUCAACGCGACGCCCGACUCGUUCUCUGACGGCAACCAGAGACAUACGGAAGCUAGCGGUGCUCUCGAGCGCCUCACGCAGCUCGCGUCAGGCUCGCGCGUCCCUGCCAUCAUCGACAUUGGAGGCAUGUCGACGCGUCCGAACUCUGAGCCAUGCUCGUCCGAGGAGGAGAUUGAGCGCGUCGUGCCCCUCGUCACCGCUGUCCGAGCCGCGGACGGCCCUCUUGCAUCGAUCCCACUCAGCGUGGACACAUACCGGCCCGAGGUGGCCCUCACAGCUGUCAAAGCCGGCGCAAGCUGCAUCAACGACGUGCGCGGUGGUGCAGAGGAGGGCAUGGCCGCCGCCAUGGCUGAGGCCGACGUGCCCGUCGUGCUGAUGCACUCGCGCGGCGACUCGACGACGAUGCUGACUGCCGAAGCGCAAGACUACAGCGCCCUUGGCGGCGUGGUCAGCGGCGUUGCGGCCGAGCUCGGCACUGCUGUGCAGCGGGCACUCGAUGCCGGCGUGAAGCGGUGGGACAUCAUCCUGGACCCGGGCCUCGGCUUUGCAAAGUCGCAAGACGACCACCUGCGCCUGCUCCGCUCGCUGCCCGAGCUCGUCGCGUCGCCCUCGCUCGCCAACUUCCCCCUGCUUGUCGGUGGCAGCCGCAAGGGCUUCGUUGGCAAAGUCACGGGGCGCACCGUGCCCUCAGAGCGCGGCGCGGGCGACGCGGCCAUCUCGGGUUGGUGCACUGCUACCGGCGUCGUCGACGUGCUCCGUGUCCACGACGCCGAGAGCGCCGCGGACACGGUCGCGAUGGCGGCCGCGAUCCGCGACGUGCCACCUACACCUCCUCCCAAGGCCUAGCCCAGAUCGUCUGGGCCAGAAUGGGAUGGGCGGCAUAAGCGAGCUAGCUUCCGUGACCGACGCGACUGUUCUGCGCCACUGCGGGCAACGUGCAUCGCCCUUAGGGCGAGUGUUGUGCUUGGCGCCUGAGCGCCUCGCGCCUGGAUCAGAUCUGCCGAGUGGCACAUUGUUUGUACUUCAUCUGCACUGCAUGGGCGAGUCGAGUGGUGGUGACGAGGAGGACGAGGAUGGAUAACAGACCGUGUUGGCAUGAUUACCGCCCAUGUAUAUCCGCCAUGCGUCGCAAGUCGCAACUAUGCGCUACCAGCCUGCGGGCCUACCCCAAUUAUGGUUAAAUGAGCC